UUUUUCUCAGGAAGUCCAAAAAAGCUAAUGUUUCAGUUACGGACAGAUGACGUAAAGCUCAUCGCACGCUCACCUAUAGAAAUUCUCUUGAACCAGGGGCCUGCGUCAGGUUCAACAGUACCACUCUUUACCCUCUAUUUUACACAAAAUGUUCAGAAAAUCAAUUACUCGUAUUUCAUCCGCAACCUCCCGUGUCUCUCGCCGCUUCAACUCUUAUCAAAGCGGCAGUGAAGGUGCCACUGCUUCGUCCCGUGGAGGUUUUGGCGACAAGGAAAAGGCUGUUGAGAACCAGUGGGCUCGUAUGCAUGAUUCCGAAAAGAUCAAGGCUCUACGUGAGGCUUUAGCUAAGCAUGAGAAGACCGCUGAAUCACUCAAGAAGGACUUGGAAGAACUGCAGCAAACCGUUGGCAAGAACUCAAAGUAACCACCUAUACUCUCUAAACCUCAGCUAAACUCGGUCUUGCAAGUGUACAAAAUUAUAUAAACAUAUUGCUCAGCAUACUCUUUCAAACAUGGGACUUGGACAAUGAGUCGGGAACAUUGGAUUUGGGGCGGGUAUUUCAUGGACGCGGCUGUGGGGAUGGGACACACAUCAUCCUUGAGGAUCAAUCCCCCCAAAAGAGGUGAUUGUUAAAUAAACCACACGAUGUGAUGGCAUGAUUUUUUUGGUCCAAGCAUGAUCAUUUCGCUAUGUGUAC